AACCGGGAGAUCGAAAGCCAUAGUAAUCUAACUCUUCAAUACCUCUGACAUCCCAACCCCACCAAGCCGGUGGGUGGCACUGGUUCAUCGAUCUUUUACAGAGAACUGGAGGGGGAAACUUUGGAGGAUGAUGCCAUUCGUACGAAGAGCCUCUUCCAGCUUCCCUCAAGUUAUUGGAUUGACUAACAGGUCCUUUACUUCUUUGAAAUUCCCUGACGACUCUGUCGAAUCUCCAUCCUCGUCAUUUCUCACCCAUGGAAUCCACGUCUUUCGAUGCCCUGAUUCGGUCGGAAUUGUAGCCAAGCUGUCGGAUUGUAUUGCUUCUAGGGGCGGAAACAUUCUCGCCGCUGAUGUUUUUGUACCUGAAAAUAAACAAGUCUUCUACUCUAGAAGCGAUUUUGUAUUUGAUCCUGUUAAAUGGCCACGUGUGCAAAUGGAUGAGGACUUUCUAAAGCUUUCAAAAGAAUUUAAUGCAACGCGAUCUGUUGUGAGGGCACCGGCACUGGAUCCUAAAUAUAAGAUAGCUGUUCUGGCGUCAAAGCAGGACCACUGCCUGGUUGAUUUGUUACAUGGGUGGCAGGAUGGAAGACUUCCAGUGGAUAUCAAGUGUGUAAUUAGUAACCAUGAUAGAGGCCCAAAUACCCAUGUUUUUCGUUUUCUUGAGAGGCAUGGUAUUCCUUAUCAUUUUUUAAGCACAACCAAAGAGAAUAAAAGGGAAGGGGAGAUCUUGGAGCUGGUUCAGAAUACUGAUUUUUUAGUCCUUGCAAGGUACAUGCAGAUAUUAUCCGGCUAUUUCUUAAGGAGCUAUGGGAAGGAUAUUAUCAACAUUCACCAUGGUCUGUUGCCAUCAUUCAGGGGUGGCAAUCCAUCUAGACAGGCCUUUGAAGCAGGUGUGAAAUUAAUUGGGGCGACGAGUCAUUUUGUGACUGAAGAACUUGAUGCAGGGCCCAUAAUUGAACAAAUGGUGGAGAGAGUAUCCCAUAGAGACAACCUACAGAGCUUUGUGCAGAAAUCAGAGAGCCUUGAGAAACAAUGUCUUUCAAAGGCUAUCAGAUCUUAUUGUGAGCUUCGAGUAUUACCAUAUGAAGGAAAGAAGACAGUUGUAUUUUAACUGGGCACAUACAAAAUGAGACACGAGCUAGUGGUGAUGGGAAUAGAUUGCUGUAAUCUUUUUUCUCUUUUGCUUUUUUCUCAACUUGUUAGUAUAAUCUUUUGUUUACGGAUAACAAUACGCACCAAAAUGAGGUGCAUUUACAUGUCGAUUCCCUAAUUCAUGUUAUAAGUUGCAAUAAUAAGCUAAAGGAAAAAAGAAAAACCAUUGAUCA